AUGCUGUUGGAACCGCCCGUCGCUACUUCACACCCUCUCCCCUCACUUCUCCGCUACGUCGACCACGACCUCAUGCAGAAUAUCGCUAUCCACAAUCACCCAACUCACUUUAACGCGACAUGCCCCGUCUGCUUCUUCCAAUGGGACACCCCAAUAGUGACAUCCGUGUCCACCACCGGUUUGCCCAACACUACGCCUCAUCCAGAAUCCGCGGCCUCUUCAACGUUCCUUCCUCUCUCACCCUGCGGUCACUGGAUGCACUAUCGGUGCCUAAUCUGGCUCACAACGCAAACCGGCAGCGACGCCAAGGACAAGUGUUUCGUCUGCCACAAGCAGCUCUUCGAAUGGGAUGGCAUCACCGCGCUCACACUCGCUACGCGUACUGGUCUCCAACUUGACGACCACAAUAAAGGCGGUAAUUUCCAUCCCAAUACGCGGAUAUGGACUCCUUCCGACAAGGUAGAAUACGAGUCUGAAUGCGGGCUCAUUGUGUCUCUUAUUGAAGUGCACUUCUUCGCCCAGUUGAAUCUACCUUCUUGCUUUGCCGAUGGCUCACCGGAUCUUGUACGAGCGUAUCAAAAUGUACUGGAUGAGCUAGAUCGCAUGAAGAAGCCGAAGGCGAAGUGGCUGCGGUGGACGACGCACACUGGGUGGUUACUACAGGGAAUGCUGGUUGCCAUCAAGAUGAGGCGGUUCUUGGUGGAGGCACACGAGGGAAUCAGGCAGACUGAGGGGUGGAGGGCGUUUGAGGAAGGGAUCAGCGUACUUCAGAAGAGUAUUUUGGAAGAGGUGCACAAGCCGUGA